AUAGAAAAUUAAGGUUAGAGAAGGGCAUCCACCAAACGCUGCGUUUUGGUUCGGACUAUACAAUGCUUAUGACUGAAGUGUUUGUCUGUAUCACUACUUUCUCUCUCCCUUGCGAUUUGUAGUAAAUUCCCAAAUCUCAAAUCUAGGGUUUCACUCGCAAACCCUAUCUCCCUCCGAAAAGGUACCGAUCCAUCUCCGGAGCAUCAAAUCCGGUUGUUGGUUGCAAAAUGAAGCCUAUCUUUUGCGGAAAUCUGGAUUUCGACGCAAGACAAUCUGAUGUUGAGAGGCUUUUCAGAAAAUACGGGAAGAUUGAUAGAGUGGACUUGAAGUCCGGUAUGAAAUUCUCCAUCAUAUGAAUUUUUUGAGCUAUAAGUUUACUUUUGAGUUUGUUAAAUUAUUGUUUAGUUUAAGUUUUAGCUUUAAUGUGAUGUUUCUGUAGCUCAAUUAGUGAUUUAGGACUAAUUUGUAUUGGUUUAUUUUAGCUUAUGUAAUGGCAUGAGCACUUGUUUGAGAGAGCUUAUAGAAACAACUUACACGGCUUAAGUUGUUUUCAGGAUAGUUUAUUAGUUUAUGAAAGUAGCUUAUAGCUUAUAUGAAAAUAGUAAACAACAAAAUAAGUCCCUGACUUUGUAGUAAGACACUCUCAUAGGUUUUUGACUUUAUGAAUAUUUCAAAAGGUCUUUGAUUUUAUUAAACUGUCAAAUUGGUCCAUAUAUUUAACCACUUACUAUCAGUUAAAUCCUUAUAUUUUACAACUUACUAUCAAUUUGGUCCUUACUCCUUAACAUAUUCUUUGAAGGACUAACUAAUAUGAAAAAAAUUUAAACCAAGACAUUGGGCUCAAGUGGUUAACGAGCUCCCCUAGGACGGAUCGUUCGGGAGAACCCGAGUUCGAUUCCUGGUGGGAACAAUUCUUGGCCAGACUUUCCUAACCUCGCGGUCGAACUCUCGAUUAUGGGGCCCCCUUUCCCCUGGAAACCAGAGGGCUAAUACCAAAGAAAAAAAUUAACAGAGUCAGAGAACUAUUUAAGCGUGCCUUACAAAAUCGGGGACUGAUUUAGUGGUUUACUAAUGAAAAUACGUUGACUUUGUUAGUUUUUAUCUUUUAUUAUAAAAAUAACUGAUACAUAAGCAUUUAUAUGAUGAAUGCUUAUAGUUAUAAUUAAGCUGUUUGUACAAACAGUGUCUUACUGAUUUUGUAGCUCAUUUAGUGACAUACUAGGUAUUCUUUUACUAGGGCAUGUCUUUUCAAUUGUAAGUUUGGUAAAUUGGGUGGCCAAGCAUUAUUUUUUUGGCUGAUAAUUGUGAGCAGUUUGCUUUGUUGUGCUGAAUUUGCUGGAUUUUUUUGCUAGACAUGUUAUUACUUGGUGGUUUGUUAGAUUGUUUGUCCGGAUAGGAAAUUACCGUGGUAAGUUAUGUUUUGUAAAAGCUGGGUCCCAGGUUGGUGAAAGGAGUUGCAUGAUGGAUGGUGGUGUUUGACGAAUUUGAAGUCAAGAUGAAAGUCUCCUCUUGUGUUGAGUUGCAGUGGGGUUAUAGUACUGUUUGGAGAAAGGAAAAUGUUAUGUACAACCAUUGAAAGCAACUGUUUUUCAAAGAAAUCGUUUACUCUUUUUCGAUAUCAAUUUGGACAUGCCCACAAAAAUAUUUUAAAAUAUAAAGAAAUGAAACAAAUUGUUUGCCUUGCAUUUAUACUAAUGCAUAGGAUACCAAGUACAACUGUACAAGGGCUGAUAUUUUCAUUUUCUUUUGGCCUUAGCUUUUUGAACUUUCUGUUUUCAUCUUGAAUUUCAAUUGGAGCGUGUUUUCAUCUUCAACUGUGAUUUCCAUUUUCAUAUGAUUCUUAAAAGGGUCAAGAUGAUGUUCUUUGACCAGUUACUUUUGAGUGGAUGUACAUUUUGUUUUCCUUUAAAAAGCAGAAAAACUGUCAAUAAAAUAUGAACCCCCAUACUCAACAAUUUCUUUGUGACAGGAUUACUUGGAAAGUUGGAAUGUCCAUGCUCUUCUUGGACGGAUGUGCUUCUCUGCAUUUCUUUUAUAGAAUGUGCCCCAGCUUCUCCUUCUUGUAUUUUUCCAGAAGAAAUAAUCUGAUCUGCCCUAGCCUUGCCAUUCUGCAUUCCCUCAGCAUUCAUACUUUUUCAUUCCUCAUGACUUUUGCUCAGUGUUCAAUUUCCGACAUGUUUCAACAUAUGAACCAUGAUGAUUUCGCAAAUGUGGCAGGUUUUGCUUUUAUCUACAUGGAAGACGAACGUGAUGCUGAGUAUGCAAUCAGACGACUUGAUCAAACUGAAUUUGGUAGAAAGGGGCGCCGAAUUCGUGUUGAGUGGACUAAGCAAGAACGCGACAACAGAAGGUCUGGUGGUGAUUCAAAGAAAUCUUCAACUAAUACAAGACCAUCAAAGACUUUGUUUAUUAUUAAUUUUGAUCCUGUUCACACCAGGACAAGGGAUUUAGAGAGACACUUUGAUCCCUAUGGGAAAAUAUCAAAUUUAAGGAUCAGAAGGAAUUUUGCUUUUAUCCAGUUUGAAACCCAGGAGGAAGCCACCAAAGCAUUGGAAGCAACUAACCUGAGCAAGUUUAUGGACCGUGUUAUAACAGUUGAGUAUGCUAUAAGAGAUGACGAUGUCAAAAAGGAUGGGUACAGUCCUGAUAGAAGAGGUCGUGGUUCCCCUGAGGGUAGGUAUGGUCGUGGCAGGUCCCCAAGUCCUUACCGCAGAGGUAGGGGUAGCCCGGAUUAUGGCCGUGGUUCAAAUCCAGCUUCCAGACCAGAACCAAGAGGAAGCCCCAAGUAUGAACGAGCUGAAAGCCCAGUGAAUGGUAGAUAUGAUAGCCGAUCUCCACCACCUCGUAGAUCAAGUCCAGCUUCCAGACCUGAACCAAGAGGAAGCCCCAAGUAUGAACGAGCUGAGAGCCCAAAUGGGAGAUAUGAUAGCCGAUCUCCCCCACCUCGUGAUAGGUCGCGGUCACGGUCACGAUCCUGAGGCAGCUGAAUAGAAUUGUAAUGUAUUGUUGCUAGACCAAAAUCUCAUUUCAUUCCAACUUAUGUCAGUCCAUAGUUUGGCAGCAAGAAAACCCAAACUUAUUAAUUGUAUUUACUCUUAUGUAUGGUUAGGAUCUAAUGUGCAAUCUGCAAAGACAUAGUUAUAUACUAUUAGAUACAGUUAUGUUACUCAUCAA